AUUCUCGAGUUGAAUAGAAAAAUUAUUCGAUCGAUUUUUAGAUCAGUGGAGAAUUUAAUAAAUAAAUCUGUGCGGAUUUAAACACGAAAUAAAUUAUUUUCAUAUUUAAUUGAAUAUUCCUGUAUGUUUGUUCUCCAACGUCGUCAUCAACAUUACUGCUGUCAUUGCAAUUAAACGAAGAAAAACAACCUGUUGUGAUUGUGAAUAAUUAAUUGAACAUAUUGAAGACUUAAACAAACAUCUCCGAACGAGCAAGAGGACGAUAGAAGUAGUAGCUAAGCUACAUUGUGGCAUCGAUUAUAACGAGAAUAACAUAGGAAUUUGACAGUAUGGAUGCAAGAUUUAAAAGCAAUCUCGCCAUGAUUGGCCGCAAUGAGCCAAUUACGCGAAAAGCUAGAUUCUGGCAAAGUUACGUUCGUGCUUUGAAGGGUACUGAUGACAUGCGCGCUCCUGAGCAUACCCGCAGGCCCAGAAGUAUAUUCAGCACCUUCCCGGAUCUCCAUUCCUCUUCGUGGCCUUACGGAAAAUCCAUUUUUGACAACCCUGUCCAUGCUUCCGAUCGCAUCAAUGUUCCUGGUUACAGGUAUUUACCCGUCCAUCGGGAAAUCUAUGGCUACUCACCAAGACAAUUGUACCCUCAUCAGUACAAACCCGUCGAGCGCUUCGUCUCCGCGAAACCAUUCGACGCUGACAAAGCCUGGAAUGAUCAUUUGGACCGAUUGGCUGACAUCGAUAGAUUGUAUCCAUCAUCAUCGCCCCUUUUAUCUCGUCACAAGUCACCCGCACUUUCUACAAAACCGCUGUUUGAUAUACACGGAAAGCUGUUGGACGACCCACUCACCACGUACCCUUCAAUGCUAGGAAGGAAAGCUUUCUAUGAUCUUCUGGAACCUUCACCGUCCAAGCCUAUCAGCGCCUUCACCAGAGAUCCGUGGUGGUAUCCGUGCUAUGCACCGUAUAUUCCUAACUACGCUCAAUGGAGCAUCCCCUUCUAUCUGAGAGACAGCUACCUCAGUCCUGUAAAACGUAAUUACUUGUGGAGCCGACACCCCCUCAGGCCCUUUGUAUCAAUUGACUAUUUGUGGCACUUUGUUACUAUUUUUAUCAGCCUCUGUGUCUCUAACAUACGUUAUGACAUCAAUUUACCGAUAAUGUGACACGCUUACGCCCAUUAGAUGAAUAACACGCAUCCCCUUUUCAUGGAAGUAAGACGUCAAAAAAAUAAUAAUAAUAAACAAAA